AUGACUUUGGACAGGGCAACGCGAGUGGCUCAAGUUUUGGACCUUGUGAGUAAGAUGGUGGAAAACAGCAUCCAGCAGUUGGCAGAAGUCCGGCAGCAGCUCAAAGAGUCGGCUGCGAGGAUUGAUGCCUUGAAAGAUCUGCAUCGAGACUGGCAAGGGUCCAUCGAAGUCCUGCUGGAGCGGGUGGACACGACCCUGACGUCUCACGAUGCUGCCCUCGAGCAGCUGGUGCUGCCUGAUCCCAUAAAGCCCCGCCGAGAGUCCAGGUUGAUCACGGACGUUCGAUCGAGCGAUACGAAGGCUGUGUCCCUGCAUCAUCCACUUCUAAAGUCGCGGAAGUCGGUCUUGCAGCAUGCCCCUGCCGGGCCACUCCGGAAGCUCCUCAUGGAGCUGCUGGUGGACCAGUCAGAGGCCCAGGAGAAGUUGCAGUUUUCGCGGCUGGCCAAAGCGCGGCAGCAUGUGGCGUCCCUGGUGUCAUCCAGCUUCUUCGAGUUCUUCUCGGGCUUUGUCAUCUUGCUGAACCUGGUCGCGAUUGGGAUCGAGGCAGAGAUGUCAUUGCAGGAGAACAUUGAGUUCGAGGAGGACUUCUGGUUCAGCAGCAUCGAGAGCAUCUUUCUGGGGAUCUACUGCCUAGAAGCCGGCUUGCAGCUCUUCGGCCGGGGCCUUAUCGUGUUCCAAGACCUUUGGUUUUUGCUGGAUCUUUGCCUCAUUUUGGUUGGCCUCCUGGCCCUCUGGAUCGUGCCAGCCUUCGGCCGAGAAAGUGCCACCUCCGGAUUUGAAAAACUCCUGGUCGUCAGGGGCGUACGACUCCUACGCUUGGUGCGAGUGCUCCGGAUGGUGCGGCACUUCAAGAUAAUGUGGCGCCUGGUGUAUGGACUGCUAACCGCUGGGCAAACAAUCCUGUCGACUACCGCCCUGAUCCUCGUGUCGCUCUUCAUCUUCGCCUGCGUGGCAGUCGAAGUGAUUGCCAAAGAUGCUGAUCUGCUGGCCGACUCGGUGACCCGGGGCAUUGUCGUUGGACGCUUCCGAGGUGUAGGACGCUCUAUUCUCACACUUACCCAGUUCGUAACCUUGGAUGGGCUGUCCGACAUCUGGUUCCCCCUGAUUGCUGCAAAACCUUGGCUGUGGAUAUAUUUCUUGCCAAUCUUGGUGUUCAUUUCGAUUGGCCUUCUGAAUUUGAUUACCGCAGCACUGGUGGAAAAUGCCAUGGACAAUGCGUCGCUGAGCAUGGAAGAGGAGCGAACCAAACUGAAGCGAAAGGUCAGGGGCGCCUUGCCAGUGCUGAUCGACAUUUUCCAAACCCUCGACGCAGACCACAGCGGCCUAGUUUCACGGGAGGAGGUAUCGAACGUUCCCAUCGACAUCUUGCCUCCACGUGUGCUGGAAGCUGUGUGUGUUGACAACAUGGAGGACAUUUUCGAUUUGCUGGAUGUGGAUGACUCCGGGUUCCUCACACAAAUGGAAUUUGUCGAAGGCUUGCUCAGCUUGUCCCUGCUGGACAUGCCAAUGUGGACGUUGCAGGGUCUUCGAAUAAUGAAGCUUGUGAACGCUAGGGUUUCGAACAUUCAACAAAUGUGCGAGCAAAUCUACACAUACCAAGCCGCCAGAGACGGCGAUGAUUGUUCACACUUUGAGCUUUGA